AUGUCUCUUCAGCCGUCAUAUUACUCGAAUGAGCCUUCGGCCAAGGACGAGGCUCAAGAGCCUCGUCCGGACCUGACAAGAUCCAAUACAAGUGCAGCGCAGCUAAGUCUUCAGCGUUAUUUUGAGCAGAAUCUUCCCGGGGCUCCCCCAAAAGAUGGGAUGAAGCCGGACGAUCCAGCUACAGCCGUGCCUCCAAAGGGCAAACCUAGACUGCUGCUGAUGGGCCAGAGACGAUCGGGAAAGUCUUCGAUUUCCAGUGUCGUCUUUCACAAACUUCCACCAAGCGAGACUCUGUUCCUUGAGUCUACCGCUCGUAUUCAGAAGGACUCUAUGGCAUCAUUCAUGGAUUUCCAAGUCUGGGACUUUCCUGGCCAAAUCGAUAUUUUCGAAAACCCGGGGUUUGACUUGGAAGCCAUCUUUGGCGAGAUUGGUGCUUUGAUCUGGGUCAUUGAUGCACAAGACGACUAUCUUGAGGCCGUGGCCCGGCUCAAUACUACUAUCCUCUCUCUUCAGCGCUCAUAUCCAAACAUCAACAUCGAAGUCUUCAUUCACAAAGUCGAUGGCUUGUCUGAUGACUUCAAGUUGGACAUUCAACGCGACAUUACCAUCCGUAUUCAAGACGAGCUCUCCGACCAUGGUUGUGAGAACGCACCAGUCACUUUCCACCUUACUUCCAUCUAUAACCAUUCCAUCUUCGAGGCCUUCAGCAAGGUCAUCCAAAAGCUGAUUCCCCGCCUGGGAACACUCGAGUCCAUGCUUACGAAUUUAUGCCGCACAUGUCGCCUGGAAAAGGCCUACCUCUUCGACGUUCUGUCCAAGAUUUACAUCGCAACUGACAGCUCCCCUGCUGAUAUGGCUUCAUAUGAGAUUUGCAGUGAUUACAUUGAUGUUAUCAUUGACAUCACAGAGGUCUAUGGCACUUGGCACCGUAGCGAAGAGGGUCGCAAGAAGCUCGAGGGAGGCCCGUGGGAUGCUAAGCUCGAGGACCAGGUCGGCUGCUCAACAGCCGAGAGCUGCCUGGUCCUGCACGACAGCAAGAAGCCCAUCAUGCUCCGUGAGGUUGAUCGAUAUCUUGCGCUAGUGGCUAUCAUGAAGGAAGACUCCUAUGAUAAGAUGCCUCUGGUGAACAUGAAUGUCGAGGCUGUGGUGGAGGGGCUGACGGAAUUUUUCAACAUCACGAAGCGUAAUAGAUGA